CGCGACCGGGAUAAGAGUGGAGGGUGACAACAGGGAAGCUCGCGGAGAGUUGAACCGACUGAAACACGUUAAAAACGGUUUAAAUUUAAACCGACAGCCGGUUUGAAACGCCGUCAGCGGCCCGGAGCCUGUCACCGACACAGACGAGCUGUUUAACGGACGCUGGGAGUCGGUUCGGCCCGGUGAAGUUGACGCUGUUCGGGGUGAACUUGUCCCGAGUUUGUUGGACGAUGGAGCUGUCUCUGCUUUGACUCCAUUUUCCUCCUCUGGCAGACAGACAGGAGGACAAGAGACAGACAGGAGGACAAGAGAAGGAGACAGCGUACGGAGGAGAGACAGGAGGAGAAAUGGCCGAAGCUCGGACCGAGGAAGAGGAGGAGAACAUGAGGAGGGACGCCCGGGAACAAGUGGUUCGACGACAGCCGAACAGCUCCGGAGGUCGUCCCGACAGACGUAAGCCCGAACAUCGUCACAGCCAGGGUCCUCUCUCGUCCAUCAGAGCAGCCAUCAAGAGAACCUCGAGGUCAACGUCUCUCUCCGAGUCGUCCAGAGACAGAGACAGAGAGCGAGAGAGAGACCGGGACAGAGACAGAGACCGAGACCGAGACAGAGACAGGAGGCGACCAGAGAUCACCAUCCUGUCCGCUGAGCCGUUGGCGUCCACGUCCUGGUUCCCUGGAGCUUCGGGAGGAUUCCCGCCUCCCCCUCCUCCUGCCGCACAGAUCUGGGGACCCACAAUCCCUCCGUCCAUACAGCCUCCUCCUUCCUAUGAGGAGGUGAUCAGGGAGAAGACUCAGGAGCAGGUUCUCCUCCCUCCUCCUUCCUCCUGCCCCUCCUACCCUUCCUCAUCCUCAUCACGUCCAGCCCCGUCCAUAACCAUCGCCACACAGACUGACCCGGGAUCUGCCCCCGACCUGCCCGCAGACUCACAGGCGAGAAGACCGCUGAGACCGCCACGGCCUCGGCUCCCGCAGGCCCCCAGACCGCCUCACGUUGAUGACGCCACCGCCACCGCCAGCCAAUCAACACUCGCCUCCCUUGACAGCGACAGCGUGGUACCAAGCACACACCCUGAGGCCGCCGCUCACACACAUUGCUGCAACCUUCUCACUGAGCUCUGUUCACCUUUGACCUCAACCUCUAGUGCUCAAACUGACCAAUGGGAUCAGUCCCUGCCUACUACUUCCUCUAACGUCCCGUCGGAGCGCCCCAGGCCACGCCCCCGCUCCAGGCUCAGUGUACAGCCAAUCAGCAGCGAGGUCAAAGUUCAGACUUUGGUGAAACUGCGCGAGGACGGUUUGGCAACGCUCGCCGCCCGCGCAGGAACUGACGCCGGCAACCAGGAAGCGAGUCAGGGGAAGUACCUCCAGGAGCUGCUCGAGGCCUUCAGCGCCGACGACUGGGGCUUCCCUGAGCGCCGCAGCGACAGCAGUGGGCACAGCCAAUCAGAGAGCGAGGACGAGGACGAGGACGAGGACGAGGAGGACAUGGCGACUCUGAAAGCGAGGAUACAAGCCUUCGAGCAGCAGCAGGUGGCUGAUGGGAGCUGUGGAGACGGCAACAACAGAGACUUUGCUGCCGCAAAGAAACCCGAACCCCGGCCACGCCCUCGACUCCAGGGGCAACCAGCCAAAUCUGCCCCGCCCACUGUCGCCCCGAAACCCAAAAACUUCUCACAUGCCCCGAAACCCUCCACCAAAGUAUUCUGGGAGGACGGCGGUGCGUCAGCAGACUCUGAGGCUUUGAAAACAACCGAGACUCCGUCGACAGACGUGAACCCUCAACCUGCUACCGAACCAACAACAUCCUGUACCCCGAGACCUGCUCCAGCUCUGGUUCCCUGCAAAAACUCUGAAAAACCCUCAAUAACACCAAAACCACAGUCUGCCACAGAGAUCCCUGCUCCUGUCCCGGCGCCCAGGCCUCCUCCACCCAAACUAACCCCGUCUGUCAGUGACGCUCCUCCCCCAGCCAACCCCAAACCUCCUCCCAGACCUCCAGUCGCCCCCAGGGCCAGCGUAGGUGCUCCACCCCAGGAUAAGAGCACCACGUCUGGGCACACCACCCCAACUCUGCCCCCGAGACCUUCUGUGGAGGUCGGCGGUGGAGCGCAGACGGAGGCUGGAACCAACGAGACGCAGGACGCCUCAAACCAAACAGUGAAAACAGGAAGCGUCCGCCCGGGCAUCCCGACCAAACCAGCAGCACUGACCUCACCGCGCAGAGCCAGCGCUCCAAAUCUGGCCCCCAAACCUGCUGGUGUCUCACCUCCGGACUCAAACCCAGCCCCACCCAAACCUACAGCUGCCGCCCCGGCCAUGACCCCCAAACCGGCCGCCUCUCCGACCCCGGGCCUCAAACCGCCGACUCCAGCUCCGGCUCCGGCCAUGAGGAAAGGCCCCGUGAUCCAGACCAAACCAGACACCACGAUCCCGAACCCGUCAGACCCUCCUCUGCCUCCACGACCUUCAAGUGUGAAGCUCCUCCCCCUCCGUCCUCCACCAAUCAAAUCCACCCCUGGCAGACCGCCUCCUCCGUCCAUCAACUCAACCUCCUCAGCCAACCAGACGACUACGACCAGUUCCAAAACUAGUCCCGCCCCCUUCGUUUCUCCAGCCAGUCAGUCGUCGCCUUCACAAACCACUUCCUCUUCUUCUUCUUCUCCUGUAUCAGCCAAUCAGAUGCAGUCUCAAAGAGCGCCAAAGAGAGGGCCGCCUCUGCCGCCCCGCCCUAAACCCGGACACCCUCUCUAUAGCAGCUACACGAAACAGGAAGUCCUGAUCGUCCUGGACGACCCGAGCCCGUCAGAGCACCUGUCAGGUGAGGGGAGGAGUCAGCCCGCCGUCACUCCGCUCAUCAGCCCAUCACAGUGUCUCCUCGAUCUGGACACCCAACCAGAGCCUGCUCCGGAUCAGGACAGCCAAUCAAAGCCCGCCUUGGACGACCUCAGCCUGUCAGUCUCUCAGUCCAUCCUGCCUGUGCAGCCUGCUGAGCUGAAAGAACAGCCGGACUCUCCUCCUGCCAGCGGUCCUCGAUGCGUCGCUCUGUUCGAUUACGAGGGCGAGGAGGACGACGAGCUCACCUUCUCUCAGGGCGACGUCAUCGCCCUCCUGGAGCUCAUUGGGCAAGAGUGGGGGCGGGGCCAGAUCCACGGGCGAAUCGGAAUAUUCCCCCUGAACUUCACCGAGGUGGUGGAGCCGCCUCCGCAGACGGCGACGCCACCGGGGGAAACGGCAAAACCGACGUCAACGGAUAGCACGGCGACAGAAAGUACAGCACCAAAGACGUCGCAGGACCCGGACCCAGAGGUGGAGGAGUGGGCCGUGGCUCUGUUUGACUUCCCCGGGCAGACUGCAGACGACCUGUCCUUCCACAAGGGGGCGCUGAUCCAAGUCAUAGAGCACAUCGAUGCUGAGUGGAGGAGAGGAAGACUGGAGGGCAGGGACGGACUAUACCCUGCUGCCUUCACACAGCCCUGCCCGGCUCCACCAAUCCCAGAGCAGCAUUCAGCGGUGAAAGGCGUGGCCAAGUUUGACUUCACAGCAGAGAGCGAGGACGAGCUCACGCUGAAGGUCGGUGACAUCAUCACGCAGGUGGAGUCCGUGGAUGAGCAGUGGAUCGUGGGAGUUGUGGGCGGGAAACGUGGGGUCGUUCCUAAAAACUACAUCUCACUUCUCUGAUGGGGGAAAUAACUGUCGACGGGUCGGUAGGUUUUGAACGGACGACCUGUUCGACCUGUCCACGCCGGGCUCACAUGAUUGGUUAGUAAAUCGGAUAAAUAGGAACUCUGAGAGGUGAUCGGAGCUUCUCUUCGCUUGACAACCUUGACCUGACGUCGCCCUGGCAACUGAGACCUGACGGACCUUCUGCCUUUAAACGGCGACGUAAAACUGACGCCACGUCGCUGAUUUUGGUUUUGAUUUCUUGGGCUUCGUUCGACCUGCAGCUGACAUCUGCUUUUCAGCUUCUCCUCUUUGCGAUCACGGAUGUUUAACACAGGCUGUUUUUCUUAUCGCGUGUCGGCGGAUUCAUUUUCAAAACGAGGCCAUCCCUGCAGUAUUUGAACUGGAAAGCUUCGACUCAGCAAGUUUUGGAGGCGAUGACUGAUUCACUUUAAAACUUACAUUUCUCUUUAACACCACAACAAACGUUAUUCUCAUCCCGAGCCCGAGGAGGUUUAUAAAGCUGAAUAAAAUCUGAAUAAUGUGGAGCUUUAAGCUGAUCGACUGCAGGGCCGGGAGGGAGGGAGGGAGGGAGGAUGUUGGCUCCCGACAGGAAACACCAGCUGUGCUCUGUGUCGCCGUCGUCCUAAAUACUAAAUGUUUUUAACUUGCAGCGCUCAGAUCAGAUCAGAGGGCCAAAGACUGUCAGGAUGUGUUGUUUUAUGACACUGUCGGUACCUGUAGCUAUUUAUUUCUUUUGUUGCGCACCGAUUAAAAAGAACAGAUCAAGGACAGAUCACUGCUGAACAUUUUCCUAACCAGCUGAAAAAGCCUGAAAGCUUUGGAGGUAUAAAACACAGUGGUCUCUUCUAACAGAUUUAAACUUAACACAAACACUAACCUAUCACGGACGUCAGUCGAACACUACAAACUUGAACAUUUUAAAACUGAAAGAUGUUUUUAUAUCAAAAAUCACGUUUGGUACUUCAGCAUAUCAUCAUACAAAGUUUAUUUAGGACAUAAACAUGCAGAGUGAUGACGGUUUGUUGGUGGAGGUGGUUUUUAGGCCCACGUUGGUUCACAGGUUUGAUUUCCUGCAGUUUCAACAGCACGGUGAGGCGGUUCUGCACCAACAAUAGGAGGUUUGUUUGUUACAACACUAUGGUACUUUCUCAUCACGCUGUACUUCCAACUUUUCUCAAGUGUUCUCUCAACGUUUCCACUACAUUUCAAAAAAACGUCUCUGGACUUAACAUUGAAAGUCAAGUUUUUGUUUUGUGUUGAAGACGAAACGUGGAGGAUUUUCUCCAAAUGCGCUGCCAACGAAUCAUCGUCAUGUUUUUGUUUUUCUCACUACUUGAGGCUUCUUGCUCCGUCACACUCCUUUUCUCUUCUUAGCUUCCUCCGUCAGCGUCCUCUUCACUCUCCUCCUCUGCCAUGAUGUCCAUAGAGGCCGCUGAGUCCGGAUACAUAGUGUGAGAACAGACGUAGGAAUGACAAAGACACCAUUCACCUGAUGACAGGUCAGUGUAGCAUCAAUAGGAUUUGACAGACGUCAGUCUGGGGACAUUUUUUACACUUUGUAUUCGUUAAUAAAUCACUUAAACACAGAAAAUGCCGAUUUGACGUUGGCUGAUUCUCACCAGACAAUCGAACAGGUUGAUUUUAGCAGCAUUCGGUAUUUUUAAUCUGUCGUCCGGCGUCAUCGCAACUAAUUUGUUGGCAUCACGUCAAAGAGAAAAUUCUCCACGCGGCGUCUUGAACUUUUUAGACUGUUUUGUGAAGCAAUGUGAAGACUGUAACGAUAUUUCGCGUGUGUGAGGAAGAAAGGCACAAGGAAAGAGAUUUAUGAACCGCUGAACAGAGAUUUUUUAUGUAUAACCAAACAUUCCAACUUUUUAAUACAAAUAAAACUUUAAGAUAUUUCAA